AAAAAAAAUUGUCUAGAGUUUCGUCCAAGCCACCACCCUCGACUUUAAAAAGUUCUCUUCUCUUGCUCAGAUUUCUUCUCCGAUAGGAAAACUCCCAAAGUUUCACUCUGUAAAACCCUAAUUUUCCGAUGUCGAUCUUCGAGUACAAUGGAAGUGCCGUCGUAGCUAUGGUAGGGAAGAACUGCUUCGCUAUAGCCAGUGAUCGGAGGCUUGGUGUACAAUUACAAACCAUCGCUACCGAUUUUCAGAGAAUCUCUAAGAUCCACGAUCAUCUCUUCAUCGGACUUUCCGGUCUCGCCACCGAUGUCCAGACUUUGUACCAGCGACUCGUAUUUCGUCAUAAGUUAUAUCAGCUUCGGGAAGAAAGAGACAUGAAGCCAGAAACUUUCGCUAGUCUUGUAUCUGCCAUUCUUUAUGAAAAAAGAUUUGGCCCAUUCUUGUGCCAACCUGUGAUUGCUGGAUUGGGAGAUGAUAACAAACCCUUCAUUUGCACUAUGGAUUCGAUUGGAGCCAAGGAGUUAGCUAAAGAUUUUGUUGUCUCUGGAACUGCUUCAGAAUCACUAUAUGGUGCCUGUGAAGCCAUGUACAAACCAGAUAUGGAAGCUGAGGAACUGUUCGAGACAAUUUCACAAGCACUUCUCUCUUCAGUUGACCGCGAUUGUCUUAGUGGGUGGGGAGGUCAUGUCUACGUUGUAACACCAAAUGAGGUCAAAGAGAGAAUCCUGAAGGGAAGGAUGGAUUGAUCUGAUAUCACAUAUCUGCUUUUGUCCAAGUUCGGUUUACUCCUUAACCCGGUUAAGUAGAAGAACCCUCUCGUCCCACUCCCAUAGUCUGUUCCUUCUCUGAAACUGGAUAUUGUGGUUCCUUCGCUUGGAAUUAUUUGCAAUUGAUAGAGUUCAAAGAAAAUGAAGAAAUAGCAGUUGUUGUCUUGUUCCAGUAGUCGACCAUUCUAUGAACCUUGUUGUUUCUGGUUUAUAUUCAUACAAGUGUUCCAUAUUUCUGGUUUAGUUUUCAAGGUUGGUGCUGAUUAGCAGCACAUUGGGUGAUUAAAAAGAACAAGAAAACAACACUUCAAUAUUUAGUGGCUAAUUGUUUUGGAUUAA